UUUUGGAAGAAAACAAAUGUAUAGAAUGGACAAGAAAAGUAGAUCAAUUCCAUGGGACAGCCAAACAAACUGUGGAUCCGAGUCCAGUUGUUACCCACCCUACCAUUGAAAUCACAUCUAGGCUGUGCCAAGAACAACAAGUAAAAGUCCAGGAAGUAUAUGUGGCCAGCGUAAUUGAAGAUUCAGAGGAAAAGAAGCAUAAUGAUUCGUAUAGUGUAAACUCUCUGACUAAUAAAGAAACCCAGUCAACUGAAGCACCACCAUUUUGCCAACCAUCAGCCGAUAUGAAUCACAGUACUGAAGAUAAAGCAGAUGAAUAUAAGGCAUCCAGCAAUCCACAAGAAUCUGCUGCCAUGGAUC